AUGCACCGUCUUGUGCAGGAUAGUCUAUAUCAGUCUUGCUUUAAUUUUCUUUUUACGGACGGGUUGAGUUCUUUUAGCGUAGUUCUCAUGGCAGGAAGGCGUGAAAGAGGUUCUACCUUAUAUAUCAAGAAAAAGCACUCUUCACACGCUGCAGAAGACCCACUGUUCUCUCUCCACUCAACCUUCUUUGCUCUUUUCGUCCUGUCCUGGCAAUUCACCGUGCUCCUAAAGACACGCGCUGCUCCGCAAGAAGACGCUGAAGCAUGUCCCAGGAUGCAGCAUGCAGGCCUGACAAACGAACGACACACUUAUAUCAACAUUCUACGUCCAACUAGAAUUACCGAGACUAAACAAUCACGUCUUCUCCCGCUCUGUGGUCCUGAAAGUGCAAGUUUGUUUACUGUACGCAGGCAUCGGUCGCUGGCUUGUUUUGUUAUGUCUCAGAUAAGCGCGUUUGUUAUGCGAAAAAAAAAAACUUUACAGAGGCUUUUGUUUAUAUAUAGCAAGAGCAUGAAAAAAACAGUGAUGGCUUCAUGUUUUUCAGUCGCAUUGUUGGCACAAGUUGCAGUCGUCGAGCCCAUCAGAGUGCAACUUUGGUUAGAUGUCGUAAAUUGUAUGAGCGAAUCAUUCAUGUACCAAUGUCCUCCACGGGAUCAUCGCUUUUUUUCUUCAUCACGCCCCAUCUUGUUGAUCCGACGUUCUGUAUCAACUGUAUACAGAUGGGUUGCUUCUCGCACCACGCAGGUUUUUCGUGCGGCCAAGACCGUUGUGAAGUGGUUUAUUAUCGUCGACCCACUUAUAAAUUCUAUACUAAUCAAUUAUCUCGUUGAUAGGCUAUGCAUUUUUGGGCGUGCGGUAUUGCGAACGAAAGAGCGCAAGACCAAGGAGAGAGAGCCCUGUCCCCCCAUUAUACAGCACAUACACGUCAGGGGGCGCAAACGUCCUCGUCUGAGGAUCGUGGCCAUCAAGAGAAAGCGGAGGCGUCGCGGGCAGCAUCGUGUCGAGCGUCCACCCACAAAUAUGUACCCAAUGAUGGAGAUCCAGAUGGUUGCUGUGCCACUUGCUCUUCCAAGUGCAAUUGCACUGGCACGGUAUCAGCAGGGGCAGCAACAGCAACAGCAUCAUCACCCUUGGUACGAUCUCUCGCCCUCUGAAGAAACCCUCUCGACCUGUUGUUGUAGUUGA